UGGGGCCCCGCGCCAUGGCCCGAGCGUCCGGGGCGCGGCGCUGACGGCGACCGGCGGAGCGCGCAAUGCCCAGCAGGACGGGCCCCAAGAUGGACGGGAGCGGCGGCCGCGUCCGCCUAAAGGCGCACUACAGCGGGGACCUCCUCAUCACCAGCUUGGACUCCGCCACCACCUUCGAUGAGCUCUGCGCAGAGGUGCGGGAGAUGUGCCGGCUGCACCCGGGCCACCCGCUCACCCUUAAGUGGGUGGACAAUGAAGGUGACCCCUGCACUGUGUCCUCCCAGAUGGAGCUGGAGGAGGCCUUCCGCCUGUCCUGUCAGCACAAGGACGAAGGGCUCACCCUUCACGUUUUCCCCAGCAUCCCCAAGGAGCCAGGCAUGCCCUGUCCUGGAGAAGACAAAUCCAUCUACCGCCGUGGAGCCAGAAGAUGGCGGAAGCUGUACCGUGCCAACGGCCACCUCUUCCAGGCCAAGCGCUUUAACAGGAGAGCGUACUGCGGCCAGUGCAGCGAGAGGAUAUGGGGCCUCGCGAGGCAGGGCUACAGGUGCAUCCACUGCAAACUGCUGGUUCAUAAGCGCUGCUACGUGCUCGUCCCACUGACCUGCAGCAGGCAUAUGGAUUCCGUCAUGCCUUCCCAGGAGCCUGCAGUGGACGACAAGAGCGAUGACGUGGACCUUCCCUCCGAGGAGAGCGACGGAAUUGCUUAUAUUUCUUCAACCCGGAAACAUGACAACAUUAAAGAUGAUUCUGAGGACCUCAAGCCAGUCAUCGACGGGAUGGACGGGAUCAAGAUAUCUCAGGGGCUCGGGCUGCAGGACUUCGACCUGAUCAGGGUCAUCGGGCGCGGGAGCUACGCCAAGGUCCUGCUGGUACGGCUGAAGAAGAACGACCAGGUCUAUGCCAUGAAGGUGGUAAAGAAGGAGCUGGUCCAUGACGACGAGGAUAUUGACUGGGUACAGACAGAGAAGCACGUGUUUGAGCAGGCAUCCAGCAACCCUUUCCUGGUCGGCUUACACUCCUGCUUCCAGACAACAAGUCGGUUGUUCCUGGUCAUUGAGUAUGUCAACGGGGGCGACCUCAUGUUCCACAUGCAGAGGCAGAGGAAGCUGCCAGAGGAGCACGCCAGGUUCUAUGCUGCUGAGAUUUGUAUCGCACUCAACUUCCUACAUGAGAGAGGGAUUAUCUACCGGGACCUGAAGCUGGACAAUGUCCUCCUUGAUGCCGACGGCCACAUCAAGCUGACAGACUACGGCAUGUGCAAGGAAGGCCUGGGCCCCGGUGAUACAACAAGCACUUUCUGUGGAACCCCGAACUACAUCGCCCCCGAAAUCCUGCGGGGAGAAGAGUAUGGGUUCAGCGUGGACUGGUGGGCGCUGGGCGUGCUGAUGUUCGAGAUGAUGGCAGGCCGCUCCCCCUUCGACAUCAUCACUGACAACCCCGACAUGAACACUGAAGACUACCUUUUCCAAGUCAUCCUGGAGAAGCCCAUCCGGAUCCCCCGGUUCCUGUCCGUCAAGGCCUCCCACGUGUUGAAAGGAUUUUUAAACAAGGACCCCAAGGAGAGGCUUGGCUGCCGGCCGCAGACUGGAUUUUCCGAUAUCAAGUCUCACGCCUUCUUCCGCAGUAUAGACUGGGACCUGCUGGGGAAGAAGCAGGCCCUCCCUCCCUUCCAGCCGCAGAUCACGGACGACUAUGGCCUGGACAACUUCGAUACGCAGUUCACCAGCGAGCCGGUGCAGCUGACUCCCGACGAUGAGGACGUAAUCAAGAGGAUCGACCAGUCGGAGUUUGAAGGGUUCGAGUACAUCAACCCACUGCUGCUGUCCACCGAGGAGUCCGUGUGAGGCGCCGCGCUCUCAUCGUGGACGCGUGGACGGCCCUGGCCCUGACCCCUGCGCAUGCAUGCGGGGCCGGGCGUGGGCGGGUGCCCAGGGCAGAACAGCCUCCCCGUGCGGCCCAUGGGCCUCAGGCCCAGAGGAACUUACUUCUCGUGCCUGCGCCGCGGGGGCCGUGGUGACCGUGUCUGAGGGAGAAACUGCCCCCAACUUCGAAGGUGCACACUUUCCACACAAGCAGAACUGACCUGCUCCACCGGGAGUUGGCCUGUAAUGUCCCGAGGAAUAAAGUGUCCCUCUGA